GCUAUUUGGAAACUCUUCAUCAGUCCAGUUUGGACAUGAAAACCUUCUACUUGGAGAAAAACAGACACAUAUGGAAAACACUGAAGUAUCCAGGAUCAAUCCUUUACAGAAGAAGAUAUCAGAACGCCAGAUCUCUGUGUUCAACAUGAUUGACUUACACGAGGCUGAACUUUACCUGGACUGUGUGGAUCAUCACAUUGAACAGCUAGUAAAUGAAAAUGAAAUCCAUGUCUUCAUCUUUGUCGUGCGACUGGGCCAGUUAACCAAUGAUGAUAAGAUGAGUCUGGAAUGGCUUCAGAGAGUGUUUGGUGACAAAGUUCUUCAGUUUGUGAUGAUUCUCUUCACCUAUGAGAGAGAAAAAGAGUGUAACACUAUAAAAGAUGAUCUGAAGAGAAACCCAGAUCUGCAGCAACUGCUGGAGAAAUGUGGAGGAAGAUAUCAGACCUGCAACAAGAUGAUGAACAACCAAUCAAAGAUGAGAGACCUGAUGAAGAAGAUUGAGCAUCUGUUUAAUGAGAAUCAACAGCAGAGCUACACUGGAGAGAUGUUCAACACUGCAUCAAUAAGGAAAAAAGAGCUGGAAAGCAGUGAACAUCAGUGUGGCCACACAUCAGAAAUGGAAUCAAAUGCACAACUGAACGUACUUUUACUGGGGAAAAAACGAGCUGGGAAGACUGUGUCAGGAAACACAAUACUGGGACGAGAAGUUUUCAUGUCAGAGAAAAGCUCCAAAUCAGUCACUCGAGAUGUAGCUGUGAAAUCUGGGACUGUUAAUGGGUUUCCAGUCACUGUUUAUGACACACCUGGAUUCUAUGACCCAAAGAUGAGUACAGAAGAGAUUCAGAAGAUACUGGAUAAGGUUCUCCUGAAAUGUGAAUCUGGUCCCUGUGCAUUUUUGCUGGUUAUCAAAGCUGAUAGUUUCACUGAAGAAGAGAUAAAAACUGUGGAGAAGAUUGAGAAGCUGCUGGGAGAAAAACACUUGGAAAAAACCUGGAUUCUCUUCACCAGAGGAGACGAACUACAAGAGGAAAACAAGACCAUAAAUGAAUUCAUCAACGAGACUGAAGCACUGAAGAAACUCAUUCAGAAAUAUGAUCAGCGAUACCAUGUGUUCAACAACAAGAUAAAAGGACAUAGUGACCAAGCUCGAUUACUGCUAGUAAAAAUUCUCCAGAGAUCUUUUGGAGUAAAGGAUGGAGGAGGACUCAGACGGAUUCAUGUCAGUCCAAACACUCGUAAUGAACCAGACGCUCCCGUCUCAAGUCACUCAUGCAGGAGGAUUGUUCUUCUGGGUAAAAGUGGUGUUGGGAAAAGUGCAGCUGGAAACACAAUACUGGGAAAGAAAGAGUUUAGAUCUGUGCUGAAAAUUAAUUCAGUAACCUGUGAAUGUUCAGAGAAACACGCCACUGUUUCAGGCAGAUCUGUGACUGUAGUCGAUACUCCUGGAUUCUUUGACACACAACUGAAACCUGAAGAGUUAAUGACAGAGAUAGCAAGAAGUGUUUAUUUAUCCAGUCCUGGACCUCAUGCAUUUCUCAUUGUCUUCAGAGUAAUUGACAGAUUCACUGAACAGGAGCAGCAGAUUCCUCAGAUGAUUGAGAUGAUGUUUGGUCAGGACGUGUUACAAUACUCCAUCAUUCUCUUCACUCACAGAGAUCAGCUGAAAGGACAAAAUAUAGAGAACCUCACUGAGGAGAACUGUGCUUUAAGACAUCUACUUGGCAGAUUUCACGUCUUCAACAAUGAAAUUCAGAAUAGCAGAGAGCAGGUGAAUGAUCUUCUGCAGAAGACUGACUCAAUGAUAGAGCAGAAAGGAGGAGGACAUUACAGUAAUCAGAUGUUUGAAGAUGCUCAGAGAUUCAGACGAGAGGAAGAAAAGAGAAGACAGAGAGAGCAAGAGGAGAGAAAACAACAAGAGGAGGAACAAAGACAAGAUGAGACUGGGAGAAUUUUAAAGGAGGAAGUAGAAAGACAAAGUGAAAAUCCUGAAUUUAAAAAUUUUUUAACCAAGUAUCAGCCUACUUUGCGUCUAUCAACUUUUGCACUUGGUCGAAAUAUGGUUGCUGGUGAAUUUAUCGGUAUGUGUAUUGGUGGGGCUGUUGGUGCAGCUUGUGGACUUAUCGGUGGCCCUGCUGGUGCAGCUGUUGGUGUAUUUGUUGGUGGAGCUGUUGGUGUAGCUGUUGGUGCAGUUGUUAGUAAAGUUAGGGGUAAUGUGUGACAAAUCCUCAUGGCCCACAGGUUUAGGGUGACCCAAAACCCAGCUGUGGCA